AUGAGUUUUGCCUCUUCUUCUUCAGUCCCCCCAUCAGGGUCUUCCAAAGACUCCUCAAGUGUUACCACCCACAGCUUGCAGUCCCUCGAAUCUAGACCCUUGGCCCCAGAGAUGCUUCCAGGGCUUCCUGUUGUACAGGUAAAGCCCGUACCUCUCGGCACUCCUGAGUUCGAAGAGAAGAGGGCUGCUUUGCUUGAAGUAUUUGCAGAAAAGGUCCCGGAUGAGCUGCGGCUGCCGUUGGAGGUUAUACUGAACCCUCCAACAGAUGUCACCUCGAUCCCAUCAACCUGUGGCAUUUUAUCGCCAGAAGAGAUCACUAUCACUGAGACUUAUGAUGCAGUCGGCCUUAUUGAGGCAAUUGCACGUCGAAAACACACUGCUAUAGCCGUUGCACGGGCAUUCUGCAAACGUUCAAUCAUUGCGCAUCAGCUCACAUGCUGCCUGACACAAUGGUUCAUGGACGAGGCCAUCGAACAAGCUCAAAAGCUCGAUGCACAUUUCGAGUCUCAUGGGAGGCCUAUGGGCCCCAUGCAUGGUUUGCCAAUCAGCAUCAAAGAUCACAUCCAAGUUGCCGGAACCUCUUCCUCUCAAGGCUGUUUCAUCAGCAUUAGCGACGACGACCAAGAUGCCGACAUCGUGUCGAUCUUGCGUGCCCAAGGUGCCAUCAUUUACUGCAAAACCAACCAGCCUCAAUCUCUGAUGCAUCUCGAGAGUGAUUUCCCACUGGGGAAGAGUCCUGAACCCUUUCAACAUUCAUCUGUCUGCUGGUGGUUCGACAGGAGUAUCCGUGGCCCAUCUGCCUUUUGUGGUAUCUAUGGCUUCAAAACCACAUCGAAUGUCUUGCCGACAAGGGGGUACAUCAAAGGCGCUCCGCCUCCAGCUGUGCUGAACAUCCCUCUGUCGACUGGACCUAUGUGUCGCUCCUUGAGAGAUAUGGACCUUUUCAUGAAAUGUGUCCUUUCUUCGAAGCCCUAUCUUUCGGAUCCCAACAUCGUUCCGAUCCCGUGGAUCGGUCUUGAAACACGAUUCAAUCGGCGCCUCAAGGUCGGCAUCAUCAGCAACGAUGGCUUUAUCGAGCCUCAACCGCCAGUGAAGAGGGCAAUUUCGUGGGCCAGAAGCCUUCUGUCCGACAGCAAGUUUGCCAACCUCAUCGAAUUAAAAGAGUUCAAAAUCUUCGGCGCAGGAGAAGCAUGGAAGCAAGUCCGAAGACUCUACUGGCCCGACGGCGGCCAUCUCACCAAAAACGGCAUAAUCUCAUCCGGAGAACCUCUUCACCCUCUUACAGAAUGGAUCUGCAGAGACGCAGAGCCCCUGGGCAUGCACACCGCCGUAGAUCUCACAGCCGUCCACAAAGAGCGAAACGAUUUCUGGCUUGCUUUUGCCAAAAGCUGGAGUGACCAAGACGUGGAUGUCAUUAUCGGCCCGUCGUUCGUCGGGCCAGCGUGUGCGCACGACACGGCCUUCUACUGGACCUACACCUCGCUCUACAACCUUGUCGACUACCCGGGAGCGGUUAUUCCCACGCCAAUUAGGGCUGAAUCUGGGAAAGUUUACGAUACGGGCUAUGUUCCGCUAAGCGAUGCUUGUCGACAUGUUAGAGAUUUGUGGGAGGAGGGUGAUUUUAGGGGUGCGCCUGUCAACCUGCAGGUGGUGGCGAGGCGGUAUCAUGACAAUGAGCUCUUUGGGGCGUUAGGUGUGCUGAAAGACGUGUUGAACUUGUCUUAA